UCGCCACUUUCACAGACGGUGCCGAUAUCCUCAUCAAGUCGGGCCCACUCGACCAGCCCAUCACGUUUGAAGAAGCGCGCAAGAAUGCAUCUGCCUCCCAGUUGGCUGCGUAGAGAGCCGUCGACCAUGCACUGAAGGCGAUGGCCUACUACUUUUGCGCAUCCUGGCCGGGCAGACGCCCUGCUCGUCAAGUGGCAUACAGGAAAUCAAAGCGUGUCUAUGAUGCCCUGCUGGAUGGUAUCGCCUUCCCACUCGGCUACACGGCCAAACGGAGCGUGAACGAGACUCACGGAGAGUCAAUCGAGGUCUAUGCGCUUGUUCCAAUCGGAACGGAGGGCAAGAAGCUUCCUGCGAUCUUCUCGCCCAAUGGCCUCGAAGGCACGAACCAAGAAGUCAUGUUACCGAUUCUGCGUGCCAAUCAGCGCCCACAAGCUGUGUACUUCUUCGUCGAAAUGCCCGGAACAUACGCCUACAGCAACCCCAUGGCGCCAGCGGGGAGAACGGAAGCUAUCUACUCGGAUCUAUUCACGCACGCAUUGGCCCACAAGCGCGUCGACAGGGACCGUUUCGGCAUCGCAGGUCUAUCCUUCGGCGCUCACUGGGCCACUAGAAUGACGAUCCUUGAUCCGCGAAUCAGGGCAGCCGUCAUCAAUGGGGCGGCGAUCAAGCACACGUUCUCGCUCGUAUCUGGGAUUGGGAUACCAGAGAUCAUGAUCGAGGCGCUGAGCAACGCUGCAGGCGCCGUCGGUCUGUGGGACAUGCGCAAGAGGCUCAGCGCUCUUACCCUCAGCUCGAAGGAUUUUGCGAAGAUCAAGAUUCCCAUUCUGGUCAUCAAUGGAGAUCACGACACGCUUUGCUGCAUGCAAGACACUAUUGAUGUUCACGAGAAUGUUUCAAAGUCGACGCUUCAACUCUACCCCGACGAUGAUCACUGUGCAAUGAACCAUUAUGAGGAUCAAGUCAAAUUGACCAGCGUUCCGAUUGUUCACUCUUCAGAUGUUCGCGGGAGACAAUUGGGAGGCGACCUUGUGAAACUUGGCUGUGCCACACGCCUUUUAGGGUUAGGGUUAGGGUUAGGGUUAGGGUUAGGGUUAGGGUUAGGGUUAGGGUUAGGGUUAGGGUUAGGGUUAGGGUUAGGGUUAGG